AUAUGAACAUGCGUACAAUUUAAAGAAGCUCAAAUUCUUCUUCUGUUCUCAUUUCCACUUUGGCCCUAUGUGAUCAAGAAAGGUCGGCAACUUAUCCUCGGAAUAACACGUGGCAACAGAUCCUUGGUCCGACCUGAGAUCCGGUGCCGGACUUAUCCUCUCUAAGAUAUAUCCUUUGGUUAUUACAAGAGAAACAUUGAAUUGUUCAAAAAAAAAAAAAAAAACAUUGAACAUUGAGGUCUUUGAAGAAUCUCACUGUUUGUGUCUCUAUCCGGUAGAGAUAAAAGAAUCCAUUUUUGUCUAUAGGCUUACUACAAAAAAAAAGAAAUAUUGAGGAAAAACUAAAAAAAAAUCAUAAUAAGUUAAAAAAAAUAAUAAGCACUAACCAAUAAGAAUGGCAAAGAAGAAAGAUAGCGAAGCUUCUGAAUUUCUCUAACAAGGAAAACAAAAUUGAAAUAAUUAAUAAAGAAAAAGAAGCAAUAGUCUUUUCAGCAUCAAGAAGAGAGAACAUACCCAUAAUAAGCUUCUCUUUUUGACGGAUGAUGAUCAUGAUUAUGAUGGCUCCACUAUCUCCAUAACCUAAUCCCUUGUAGCAUUAUGUAUAUAUAGCCCCAUUGAGAUCUUCUUGUAAUUACACAAACCUUACAGAACUGUCCUCUUCUUCAUUUUACUUCCCUUACAUAAGAAGAAUCACAAAGAGAAUCUAUAAGUGAUCAGAGUGUAAGCUUUAACAGUUUACUAAUGGAGGGUAAAGGACGAGUCGGAUCAUCACCUUCUUCUUCUUUCACCGCCGAGCUCUUCGGCUCCAAAGAUCCUUCGCCGCCAUCUUCUUCCUCCGGAAUCUUUUCUUCCAUUUUCCCCCAUCCCUCCAAGGGCGUUACAAGAGAUGGUCAAAGCUCCAAACAUGGAUCACAAGCUCAACGCAGAGAAUCUUCAACUACGCAAGAAAACAGAGUUGAGCCAUGUCAUCUAAGCUCUUCUCUUUAUUACGGUGGUCAAGACGUAUACUCUCAGUCCACCACCAACCAAACUUACCCUACAGCUAAAAAGAGAACCGGAGAAGACGAUGCUAACGGACAGAACUCGCAAGAUGUUGCGAGAGGAAACUGGUGGCAGGGUUCUCUUUACUACUGAAAAAAACAUUUCCUUUAGUUUCUCUGUAAAUCUCACCAGAAAGAAACCCAUGAAGUAACCUAAGUACUAAUAUCUACCGAACCAAGACUUUGUAUAAAUAAGUUUAUGAGUAAAAAAAAAAACAGUUUCUUAGGAGAUUUUGAAGAUUAAGAGACAAUAUCACAGAGAUCUCCUAGUAUAAGUGUCUUAAAUAGAUUUGUCUAGUACUUGUUCUAAUCAAUUGUAGCAAUAUAUUUACUCUGCUUUUCUGUGUCUCAUGUUCAACAAAAAUAUGAAACCUUCAGCGUUUUACCAAAACGCAAACGCACGCGACGAAAUCAGACUUCUUUACAGAGGAAUAAAGCCCUAAAAACAUGUUAAAUUUUAAACUCGAACUUGUGACAACUCUUCCUCUAGAGACAAUCCUAGUACAACAAUUAAAUUACUAACACUGGACUAAAAUUACUUUAUCUCAAGCUGAGGAAGUUUUUAUGGUACAAUAGAUCUUAUCCGAAAUGCAAAGAAACAAUCUUUCAUACGCAUCAGCCAUUUUAGACGCCGUGAAAAGCCUCAACGACCGUUCACGCGCCUCUUUGCCUUUCCUCUGCAACUCCUCUGUUCCGUCACUAACAACUCGUGAAAUCGCUUCUGUGAGAGAGUCAACGUUCGGCGAGAAAGUGUAUCCCAAAUGUGGACCGACGACUACGGACCCCGUGAUGCUCGCUAGCCUCGUGGCUAAGACCGGUUUGCCUGAAACCAUGGCUUCCAAGAGUGUGUGAUCGAGCCCUUGAGCUCGAAGCGUUGGGUUCACAAACACAUCGAUCGCAUUGUAAAAUCCCGCUAGCUUUUCUUGAUCCAACGGUCCAAGAAUGAUCACUUUAUCAGACCCAAGGUCUCUAUAUCUGUUCCCCCAUGGACCAUCUCCAGCUACUAAAACGAUGACGUUUUCGCGCGCCGUCUUGUUCUCUUCGAACACUCGUUUCAAAGCUGAGAACAUUAAAGGAUGACCUUUAUCCUUCACUAGCCUCCCUGCGAUUCCAAGAACCAGAAGGCUGUUUUUGUUCUUGCCCCUUUUAACGCCGAAUUCCUCUCUGAAGCUUUCGCGUUUAGAAACGUCCGGUUUGAAAACGCUCGCAUCCACACCAUUUAGGAUGAUGUGGACGCGUUCCUCGGGAAUCAUGUAGAUCCUCUUGAGUACGUCCCCGCAGUGGUCGCUAGUUGCCACGUGGUGAGCGUAGCGUUGGAAGAAUUUGACUUCCUCGACGACUCGUUUGGCUCGCUCCGUCAGAGCUGGAGAAGAAGGCGUUGGCUGUUCUUCUUCGGCUCCGGAAACGGCAGCGGCGGUGACCUCUGCUUGACGUAGGAGCUCCUGGAUGAUGUCGGAGUGAAAAGUCUCGUAAGCGAUUCCAUGCCACGACGCGACCACGUUUCGGAGGUUCUUGGCUCUUGUGUGGAGAAGCCCGACGCUCUCUGUGUGAACAACGUCAAAUGGUCUUCCACUCGCGUUCUGCGUCUGAAGCUCUUGCGAGACGGAAGCUUGAUCGAGAUACCCACCAGCGGUUGGCUCAGAGAGAUGGAACCGGAGUUUUUUCAGUCCAUAUUGAGGGAACGACGGAGAAGCGGCGGUGAAAACGUGAACUUCGUGACCGCGAUUGGCUAGAGCGAGGUGCAGCGUAAGCGCGUGUCGCUCGAGCCCACCAGCCUGCGAUUUCUGCGGCCAUUUCUUAACCACCACAGCGAUCUUGAGAAUUUUCUCCGGUUUAGACGGGAAGAAAUCUAAGUGGUUCCAAGCGGAAGAGAAUCGAAGCAGGUCGAUGGUUUCGUUGUUGUUGUGGUGAUCGAAUGUGCGGGCGUCGGGACAGUGGUCGUAAGGACAAGAACAGAGUGUGGUGUUGUGUCUGAAGAGAAAAGAGACGAAGGAGAGGAGAGAGAGGAGGAGAGUAAAGUGACAGAGAUAUCUGAAACUGAAGGAGAAGCUCAUCAAUGUGUUUUCCCUGGCCAUACUGAUAGAUCGAGUCUGGAAACUCAAAGCUUAAGACAGAGAAGAAGUGAUUAGUUGUCAGUGAGUUGAAUCUGGAGAAAAAGUUUGACCUAGAAACUUGAUUUACAUUAAAUUAGAUUAGAUUAGAUUAAAGUCGUGUUCUUUAAGUAAUAUGCACAUGCUCUGUCUAAAAUUUCACUGAAACAUCGUAAUAAAGCCACGCGAUUAAGGCCCACGCGCAUUCGUAAUGGGGCGGCGGAAAAUUUG